CAUCACGCCGCGCCUCUUCCGGAAGUCUCGAUCGGAGCCAAAAUGGCGCAGCAGCGGCAGCUGUUGGUUUUGGUUUUGGUUCGGGAAAUAAACGUUAAACGACUAGUACCGUGAUCGGACCGCAGUGACGUGACCGGGGAGAUCACAGGGACCACCGCCUCGCGCCAGGACGCGCGUGCACGCCGUGGUGAUGGCGGAGCGGCGGGCCGACUGGAAGAGACACAUCUCAGACCAGCUGAAGCUCAGGGACAGAGUUCAGAGACACACCUUCGAGGAGAUCGUCCAGCAGUACAAUCGUCUCUUGGAGAAGUCUGACCUGCAGGCCGUCCUCACUGAGAGAUACCAGACAGAGAAGUAUGAUGUCCAGAGAGGACAUGAGGCCAGCUCCCUCGACUCAUCCCGCAGCGACUCCCUGCACCAGGAAAUGUCCCAGAUGAGAAUUCGCCACCAGGAGGAGCUGACUGAGCUGCACAAGAAACGAGGCGAGCUGGCUCAGACUGUGAUCGAACUCAACAACCAAAUCCAGCAGAAGGAUCGAGAGAUCCAGAGCAACGAGGCCAGGAUGUUGGAAUACCAGCAGCAGAUCGCCAGCCUGGAGGGAGACUGUCGGGAUCUGAGGAGCAACCUGCAGGAGCUGGAAAUGGCCAAUCAGACGCUGAAGGACGAGUACGACGCGCUGCAGAUCACCUUCUCUGCCCUGGAGGAGAAGCUGAGGAAGACGUCGGAGGACAACCAGGAGCUGGUGUCCCGCUGGAUGGCCGAGAAGGCUCUGGAGGCCAACCGGCUCAACGCCGAGAACGAGAAGGACACCAGGCGCAGACAGGCCAAACUGCAGAAGGACCUGGCGGACGCUGCCAAGGAGCCGCUGCCCAUCGAACAGGACGACGACAUCGAGGUGCUGGCUGAGGACGGAGGGAAGGGAGCCGGAGAAACGUCACCAAACCGACCAAUCGGCAGGACGCUGAGCAGGAAAACGUCCCAGCAGCCUCAGGGCGGGCUCCUGGACUCCAUCUCCAACAUCUUUGGCAGGCGUCGGUCGGCGAACUCCUUCGGCACGUCUCCAGAAACCAGCGAGACGCCGUCGGGAGGCUGUGCGGAGGUCCGGGUGCCGACCACGGCGCUGCACGUCUUUGAAGCUCACGACGGAGAGGUGAACACCGUCCGGUUCAGCCCCGGCUCCCGUCUCCUAGCAACCGGUGGGAUGGACCGCAGGGUGAAGCUGUGGGAGGUGGUCUCAGGUCGCUGUGAGGCUAAAGGAGCUCUGACCGGCAGCAACGCAGGAAUCACCAGCAUCGAGUUCGACAGCUCUGGUUCCUACCUGCUCGCUGCGUCCAACGACUUCGCCAGUCGAAUCUGGACUAUGGACGACUACAGACUGAGGCACACCUUGACGGGUCACAGCGGGAAGGUUCUGUCUGCUCGAUUCCUAUUGGACAACGCCCGCAUCGUGUCUGGGAGCUACGACCGAACGCUCAAACUGUGGGACCUGCGCAGCAAAGUCUGUAUGAAGACGGUUUUCGCCGGCUCCAGCUGUAACGACAUCGUUUGCACGGAGCAGUGCGUCAUGAGCGGACACUUCGAUAAGAAGGUCCGGUUCUGGGACAUCAGGGCGGAGAGCAUUGUGCGGGAGAUGGAGCUGCUGGGCCGGGUGACGUCUCUGGACCUGAACCACGACCGCAGCGAGCUGCUGACCUGCUCCAGAGACGACGUGCUGAAGAUCAUCGACCUGCGCAGCAACGCCAUCCGGCAGACCUUCAGUGCUCAGGGGUUCAAAUGUGGAGCCGACUGGACCAGAGUCACCUUCAGUCCUGACGGCAGCUACGUGGCCGGCGGGUCAGCAGAUGGCGCUCUCUACGUCUGGAACGUCCUGACGGGGAAACUGGACCGGACUCUGGACCGAAACCACAGCUCGGCCAUCAACUCUGUGUCCUGGUCGCCGUCGGGAACAUACGUCGCCAGCGUGGAGAAGGGCAGCAGAGCCAUCCUGUGGUCUGACAUGUGAUUGGCCGGAGCCCAGGAAGGGGGCGGAGCCAACACGGCUGGGCGCUGCUGGACUCCUGAUGAAGCUGCUGAGGAGCUUUUAAUGCUCAGUCAUUUUAACUGUGACAGAAGAAGAAGAGCUGGCUCUCAGCGCCACCUGCUGGUUGACGGUUGAAUGGACAGCUGAUGAAGGCUGAGGAAGAGGAGGAGACGGGUUGGUUUGAAACAGGAAGUUCUUCGCACUAAACAGAUGAAGAUUAAAGACUCUGAGAGUGAAUGUUGGUCUGUUUGAUACACACACACACACUGCUGCUGAAGUGCCUCUGAGCGUUCCCGGAGCGAUACUGGGAAAGCUGCCGGUUCCUUCAGAAGCAGCCGCUGACAUGUUACCAUGGAAACGGCCUGAUCAGUUUUCAGAUCCAUAAACACUAAUCGGUCUGUAGUUUUUCUGCUUGUUUCUGUUCAUGUUUUCAGUUGGCUGGGAGACAUUAAACCCGAACCGCCUGAAAACGAGCUGCUCACGCUGCGUUCACUGACCACUGGGAAAAAUAAACGAUGUUUCCAGCUCACUGCUUUAGCUCUGCAGACACAAACCUUAAGGUUUUCAGGCUCUGGCGCUCACUGCUCAAGUUGUUCUGAUUCUCACACAGUAGACCAAUCCUCAGGUCUUCUGCUGGAUCCCGACGGGUCGGGCUGACGGUCCAGGAACCCGGCGCCGGCUCUGGGAGCCUCACUGCAUGGCCGCCAUAUUGGGUGGGCUUCUGAUUGGUUGGUUGAAAAGUCAUGAAGCCUCUGUAUGGUUUCAGUUAUUUUCAACACAUUGGAGUUUUUGUGAAAAAUGAAGAUAAAUUGAAGCUGAGAUGGAGGAGAUUCCUGCUCACCUCGGUUCUUAUCGAUGUUUCAGACGGCAGAAGUGUAGUUUUUUCUUUAUUAAUAAAAUAUAUGUGCAGAAUUAUUCAACAGCUAAAUUAUUCAACAGCUAAAUGAAUAACACAUUUUCUCAUCACUGUUUUUGUUUUAAAUUAUGAUUACAAACAACUCAAAACUUUCCACUGAACAUUUCUGAGAUCGGUGGCAUAAGGAGCCGCCGGACUGUAAGUUCAAACUGCAGAACCGCGGUCGGGUCAGAACAUGAACACGACUCUAACAUCUGAAUCUCUGUAGUGGAUUCAGUUUGAUCCUUUAUAGUGAGAAAUCUGAGUCUUCAUUGUCAUGUUGCUGUAAAUAAACCAACCGUUUGCUGAAGCUUUCAGAGCUAAAUGAGUCCAAUAGAAUCGAAGCUACGAUGAAGUUAAUCUAAAACUGCAUUUAAACUGCGGUGGGUUUUUAAAAAGGUUAAACUUCUUGAGGUCAUGAUGAAUCGUUCACAUCACAGUGCCACUCAGAAACAAAGCUGUUGUCUGCAGAAAGAGGGCUCACUCCUAAACUAUUCCUGUGAUCUCUGACGUUCUCCACAUGUCUGACUGCUGUCGUCCACCAGCUGCUCCUGGUGACCAGAUGUUCUGUCCAACCUGGUUCUGGUGUCUGACCCGGCUGUUCCAGAACUUUAAUCAGCCUUCCUGUUGUUAGGAUCUAUGCUUGGACUCGCUGCGAUGCUGAUGGAGCUUCACUAAACUAGCAAACUGCUUAUUUUAUUAUAACUUCAUUUUACCUGGACAUCCAUUGAGAUAAAAUCUAUUCUUUGAGGGAGACUCCGCUUGACCUGAGAUACUUAAUUAUAUUUUUGUGCUUAAAAAGUCGCUUCGGUUUCAUUAAUAUAGUUUUAUAAAAUAUCCAUUUGAAAUAUAAAGUAUGGACGAUGGUGGAGUUGGAGCAGGGUGCCAAUCAUUUCUCAGAUGUAAUCAUGAAAAUGAAUCAUGACCAUCUUCCAUCAUAUUGUCACAUUUUAGUUUUAUUUCAACAUUGAUUAUAGAGUUUACAGGUUGUCCUUGAAUGCAUCAUGAUGCCAUUUUGGCCACAUCUAGCUCUGUAGAUCUGUAGCAUCUUUCACAUAAUGUCCUGAAGCCCGGUUCUAGAGAGGCGAAUGGUUCUGCUUUGGUUCAGUCCAGAUAAGAGCUGAAGGUGUGUGUGUGAGUGUGUGUGUGUGUGUGUCUGAGUUUAGCUGCUGUCAGCACUCAGACUGCUGACUCUGUCUCAGCUGAUCAGCUCAGCACAGACUCGUCCUGAUCACGCAUGUCGACAUGUUAUAAACAUGAUCCUGCUCUGAUCGUACCGGAAGCUCAUGGAACUGGUUCUGGUUCUGAUCCGACAUGGACUCAUACUAAUGGUUGAAUGAAGCAGAAACAUGAAGCUCAGACCAGCUAAGGCUCCAAAUAAAGAGAAUUAUCUCUAA